AUGAUUAAGAUUGGAAGCUACUUCUGGGUGGUUAGAACUUCAUGGUGCAGUUACAUUCAAAGGGUUGUGCGCCCAAAGGCUCAUCACAUGGUGCUGGCGCUCUUGUCUGCAUACUCCACCCCUGUCCCCAGAGAUUCACAGCAGAUCCUGUUGCUGAUUCUUUUGUGCUUCAUUACUUCAUGUUUGUCUGCAGUUUUUCUGUAUAUAUGGCUGUUUCAUUCCUUACAGUAUAAUUCAUUAACAGCAACUGUGUUAUCCACAACUUCUGCUGUCCUUAUAUGCAGUGUUCUUGUCCUUGUGCACCCAAUUCGCUGCAUUCUGACCAUAAUCAUCCCUACACUGGGUACCAAACAAGGACGCCGGCUACUGCUGUCUACUUGCUUCAUGAUUAUGGCUCUCACCAUAAUUCCCAAUAUUCUGAAAAACCUCCGAACAAUUUUUACAAUUUUUAGAUGCAUUUCCCAACACACUUUCGAGACGGUUUUAAACUCCACGGACGCAUUCAAAAACCUUACAAAUGAAAUGAGUCACUUUGUCAACAAUAUUGUGAAAUUAUCGAUCCAUGAUUCUAAGGAGGUGAAUGUACUUGCUAAUGUAGAUAAUUCUAUAGUUUCUAAUCAAAUAUCAGAAAUCGCAAACAAGAUGAAGAAGGACUUUGAAACAGUGGAAUCGCUUUUUAAGGACAUCAUGUUAGUGGCCAAUAGGGUUCUGGCUGGAUGUUUUGUCUUGUAUAUGCUAUCUAAUGGAACAUGGUACUUGAGAAACUAUUUAACUGAUAUUAGCUUUGACAACAAGUACAUAACACAACAACUGGAGCAGCUGGCUCAGACAAAAAAUAUUACAGACUUGGCUAAUUUGGCAAAUAGCUCCUCUGCAAAGUUAAUAAAGUCAACUGGAUUUAAGCUGUCAAGAAAAGAGCUGGGAGCCAGUCUGUUUCGCCUUCUGAUUGUUUUCCUGUUUGCACUGCUCACUGUGCUAAUUAUAACCACAGACCACAUUGUCUUCCAGUUUUCUGUAUUAGUCAGCAAUUGGGUGGAUGAUCUGCCAGCUCUGGAAGUGAUUUUUUAUGUGACAUAUGAUACACAUUUAAGUGUAAACAUUCCAUUCGGGACAUUUCAUGACACACUAUAUACUAAAGAGUUCCCCUUGAACAUAACUUUUUUUUCAGCAUACUGUAAGCAUCCUACAAGUCCUCCGGACAGCUCCAUCACAGCUGGGAUUGCAUUCAUUUAUUGUAUUUUGUUUGCUGUAAUAUUCAUGGAAACUUAUGCUCAACGCCUGUGCCGAAAGAUAUCAGCUUUGUUUUACAGAAGAAGAGAAGAAGAAAGAGUUUUAUAUUUGUUUGACAAAAUACAACAAACCAAAAACCAAGACAGCAGUCCUUCCCCGGGGGCAAUGAUUGCAUUAUACUAGUAAGAGCAACAAGCCAACUGCGGUUAGUAUAUAGGGGGUCAUUCCGAGUUAAUCGCUAGCUGCCGUUGUUCGCUGCGUAGCGAUCAGUGAAAAAAAUGGCUAA